AUGCUGUCAGAUAACUCAUCAGAGGAGAUUGAUCAAAUUACUCUGAUGAAAUAUCUCUGGGACACGGGAAAAAUCUUAAGUGAUGUUUUCCACCAACAGUCAAUAGCGAGAAAAUCAUUUAUUACUCCGACUCUGGAUAAGGACAUAAAGGCUACGCUAGAGGCUAGUAUCCCAGAUGAAUGGCUUUACGGUCAGAAACUCAAUGACCAGGUUAAGGAUGCAAAAGCCAUCGUUAAAGCGGCUGCAUCUUUAAAACCUUCUGACAAACCAGUUGUCAAGAAACAGGCAUUCAGGACUGCGUCUCAGGGAAACUUGAGAGGCCCACCUGCGAAGGAUGGCGAAGACUUCACUGAAGCCCAGCUCAGAGAAGAACAGGAAGUAGCGGAGAUUGUUGUGGAAGAACAACAAGAGGUAAAUAAAUUAGCAGGCAGACUCAGUCUCUUCACAGAGAGUUGGGAAGGUGUUUCGGAUGAUAAAUUCAUCUUUGAUUGUCUCAAAGGUUAUGGUAUUCCCUUUAAGUCCCAACCUAUACAAUUUGUGGAACCCAGUGAACCUGUAAGGUCUCCGGGUGAUGAAUUAAGGGUCCAGCAAGCUAUCGGUAAACUUCUGCAAAAGGGGGCUAUCGAGCCUUGCUUAGACAUCGAGAGUCAGUUUAUAUCGUCGUAUUUCCUAGUACCAAAAGCAGAUGGGUCGGAUCGUUUCAUUAUUAAUCUAAAGCAAUUAAAUGAGUUUAUUGAGACAUAUCACUUCAAAAUGGAGGACCUGAGAUCCGCUAGAGAUCUCAUUGAUAAGGGCGCGUUCAUGGCUAACCUAGACUUGGAGGAUGCGUAUUUCCUGAUCCGGGUAAAAAGAUCCUCUAGAAAAUACCUUAGAUUCAGGUUCAAAGGCCAGCUUUAUCAAUUCGUGUGUCUUCCUUUUGGCUUGUGUUCUAGCCCUCAUACUUUUACAAAAAUAAUGAAACCGGUGGUUAAUAAACUUAGGUCAAAAGGCAAAGAUUACGAAGCUUGUAAGAAUAAUGUACAGAAUACGAUAGGCCUCUUAGAGGAGCUUGGUUUUAUCAUUAACUAUCGUAAGAGUACGACGACUCCUAAUAGAAGGUGCGUAGAGUAUGGCAGAGCAUAUUGCAAAAGAUUAGAAAGAGCUAAGUGGUUAGCUCUUACGUUGAAUAAUAAUGACUUUGAGGGUUUUAUGACAAUAAAUGCGGGCGUUUUGGAGGAUCUUCAAUGGUGGAGAGAUAAUAUAAUGAGCGCUAACAGCAGAAUAAAGUCUCACAAAUAUAGCAUAGUGAUAACUUCGGAUGCUUCAAGGACAGGCUGGGGAGCGGAAGCUGGAGGUGUUGUUACAAGGGGUUUUUGGAAUCCAGAGGAUCAGAAGCACCACAUUAAUUAUCUGGAACUUUACGCAGCUUUCUUCGCGCUUAAAUGUUUUGCUCACGAGUUACGCGACCGCGAAGUCCUUCUUCGUAUAGAUAAUACAACAGCGAUCGCUUACGUCAAUAAAGCUGGCGGAAUUAGGCAUCCAAAGUUAUCAGAUCUAGCUAGAGAGAUUUGGCAAUGGUGUCAAUUAAGAGGAAUUUGGCCAAGGGCAACAUAUAUUCCAUCGAAGCUGAAUGUAGAAGCAGAUGCCGCUUCCAGAGUGGAAAACCUGGACACCGAGUGGGAAUUAUCCAGGGAAGCCUUCCGAACCGUAUUGGACACCUUUGGUUUGCCUUCGAUUGAUCUCUUUGCAUCGCGUAUUAACAGGAAGUGCGUAAGAUUCUAUUCGCGUUAUCCAGAUCCAGAUGCAGAAUCAGUAGACGCGUUUACGGCAGGAGUGUCACCCCCUAGCGAACAAGUUGUCACUAGUGGUCGGCAAAUUAUCCGGCAGGCCUUUGUCACCAAGGGCAUCGGAGAGGAAUCAAUAGACAUCAUGCUCAGUUCAUUGUCAGAGUCAACGAUUAAGCAGUAUGAGGGAACAUUGAAGAAAUGGCUAGUUUUUACUCAAGCAAGGAAUAUCGAUGCCUUUAAUCCCCAGAGUACGGAGGUCAUCAAGUUUCUUACAGCGCAGUUUAAUGAAGGGGCGAAGCAUGGCACUCUUAACUCUAUGCGGGCUGCUAUUUCCUUGAUUUCUAGGAACAACCUCUCAAAGGACUCCUUAUUAUCGAGGUUCAUCCGGGGGACAUUCAAGAAGAGACCAUCGCGACCGAAGUACUCCGAUACCUGGGAUACAGACCAGGUCCUGACAUAUAUUGAAAAAUUGGGAAACUUAGACAACUUAAAAUUGAAGGAAUUAUCAGAGGUGGCAGUGACACUCCUUAUUCUCAUCACGGCACAUAGAAUGCAAACGUUGUCCUUGAUAAAAACCGAAAAUAUCACUAAGACUGUUUCUGGAUUAAAAAUUAAGAUACCUGAUUUAAUUAAGACCUCAAAGCCGGGCAAAGAACAACCUGUAUUAUCGAUUCCAUUCUUCAAGAAGAGGAAGAAGAUUUGUGUAGCAUCUAUCAUAUUAUACUACUUAGAGCGUACUAAAGAAUUAAGAACCAACUCGGAUCGACUGUUUAUUGGGACAGUAAAACCACAUAAACCAGCUGGCGCUCAGACGAUUGGGCACUGGAUAAAGGCACUUAUUGCAAAAGCAGGAGUUGAUACAGAGAUUUUCACCGCCUACAGCGUUAAGCAUGCAUCCGUGUCGAAGGCACAUAAAAGGGGAGUAGAUGUGGACACUAUUAGAAGAACCGCAGGGUGGUCAUCCAAGUCCGCGGUUUUCGCCAAUUUCUACAAUCGGCCGAUUCAAAGCUCUAGCGAGAGUUUUGCACUUACAGUAGCCGAUAAAAAGUAA